AUGUCACAUCUACACAUACCCCCACUAAGGUCGAAUGCAAGCUCUUCAUUGAGUAUCCAGCAGCUGAGGACGCCUAGUGCUCCUAUGGCAGCUGCUCCUCUGAUCAUGAACAAACAAGCAGACGCGGAGGAGUCGCUCUAUUUCAUAGCCCUGAAGCUGAAGAGCAGACUUGCAAAGAUUUCCGGAAUGCUCAAAUAUUUGAACCUGGCAGCUACGUCCACAGAAUUGACUUCUGAAAGACAAACCAUGAUGCUGGCACAACAACUGUCUGAGAGUAAGCUGGGUAUGUAUUCUUCAAGUGGCGUUGGAAAUCGCAACAGUAACGGCUUGGACUUUGUUGACAGCAGGCGGAGCUCGUCUACCAAUAAUGGAAGCAUCUCCAGCACUAGGAAUAGCAGUGGCUAUCAAUUAUCAAAGACAACUACAAACACAACAACAUUGGAUUUCAGCUACGGAUCAUCCUCACUGCAAACUUUUGUAGCAGGAAUCUUACCUGCCCAAUCAAGCAGUGAUCCGGUGACCACAAUUUGGAAACUGUUUCAACAGGGAGCUCCAUUAUGUCUUUUAUUUGAUAGCAUAAAACCGGGGAUUGUCAAGGUAGUCCCAAGUGAUGAAUUGAAAAUAUGCAAGAUGAGUAUUUACGAAUUUCUCUCUGCUUGCCAGACCCACUUAAGUUUGGAUGGCGUGGAGCUUUUCACGGUGACUGACGUAUUCACCAAUGACACGAACAGUCUUUUAAAGAUUAUCAAGGUGGUGAAUUUUCUCUUGGAUAAGUAUUCCAAUAUAGUUGCCGACCCAGUUGAUGCCGAGUUGAAAGUGUCCGAUGCCCGUUCCAAAGUGGUCAGAGAGUUAGUGGAAACAGAGAGAAAGUAUGUCCUUGAUCUUGAGAUCUUGUUGAAGUACAAGACUGAGCUAGAGAGAAAAGAAGAGAUUUCUCUGGAGGCUAUACGAAACAUGUUCCCUAGUUUAAACGAAGCUGUUGAUUUUCAAAGGCGCUUUUUGGUGGGACUAGAAUGUAACGCUGCCGUUCCAGACAGGUACCAGCGGAUAGGUUCUGUGUACUUGCAUGGCGCAUUGAAUGCGUUCAGAUUAUAUGAAACAUGGGCCGUGGGACAAUAUUCCUCGAUCAGGUUCAUUCAAAAAGAGAUUGCCAGUUUGAGAAAGUCCUCCACAUUAAUUGACGCAAACUAUGAGCUGCAGAGUUUCUUGAUAAAACCUAUUCAGCGAUUAUGCAAGUACCCUUUACUUUUGAAAGAAUUAGUCAAAUUAACUGAUGAAUCUUUCCCUAAUUACAGAGAACUUUGUACAGCUUUGGAGUACUCAAAGAUUGUGGCCCAUGAUAUCAACGAGGCACAAAGACGUGCAGAAAAUGCCGAACUGGUCAAGGACCUCAUCACAAGGGUAAAAACAUGGAGAGGCUACGAUAUAUCUACCUUUGGAGAUCUCUUAUUUCACAGCAACCUUACUGUCAUUGAUUCAGACACAGAGAGAGACUUUAAGGUAUACCUAUUUCAAACUAUAUUAUUAUUUUUUAAAGAAGAAAUGCCCCCAUUACAGACAAAGAAAUCGAUGCUAUCUACGAGGAAAAAAUCAUCCGCUUCCCUAGCAAGUUCCUCACACCAGUCUUUACCUAAUGGAUCCCAAUCAUCUUUGGGUGGAGUGCCGCCCAGCGAGCUUAUUUUGAAAGGUAGAGUAUUUGUCGCAUAUAUCACAAACAUUUCAACAACUAGCAGCACACAACAAGGUCAUUGUAUGGCUGUAACGUGGUCAGGGAACAAAGAUUCUGGAACUUUUGUGAUGAAGUUUCGCUCCGAUGAAACUAGGAGCCAAUGGGAACAAACCCUUCGAAAACUCUCUUUGAGAAAUGACGAACCAAAUUAUGCUAACAAACGAUUAUCAAGUCAAGACAUAUUCAAAUUGAAUCUUGGCAGACAAAGAUCAGAAUCCACAAUGUCCAAUGGCUCAGCUCACAAGAUGGGGAGCGUUAGCGGGUUUACACCUUCAUCAUUGAACUCGAUGUCUUCAAAUUCUUACUUUGUUCCACCAUCAAACCUUCAUAGUCUUUACCAAGAUGAUAUGGUAAAGAGGUCUGUAUCAUCGCCCAAUUCUGUUGUCAGUACUGCAACUACUUUGAGUAGGAAUCACUCAGUUUCUUCAAUGUUCCCGGAUAUUAAUACUUACAACAGUUCGUCAACUACGAACUCUAAACAUAAAAACGAACGAGAAACAGAGGUUCGCAUCAAAUUCAUCUACGAUAAUGAGCCUACACAUCUUUCCGUCCCUUCCAGUAUCUCAUUUCAUGAACUUAAACUGGAGCUAAUUAAAAAUCUUAGGCAAAAUGUUGGAUACGAGCUGCCAGAAUAUGAAUCUUUUAGGUUUAAAUUCAAAGACGAAGAUGAUGACUAUGUGCGUUUUCAAAGUUCUGAUGAUUGGGUGAUAGCCAAGGAAAUGCUAGAGGAAAUAAGCGAUGAAGAGCAGAGAAUACUGGAAAUUGUCUGCCAGAGCGCCAAGAUAUGA